AUGCUCCUUUGGUUGGCGCUGCCUGUGUGCCUUUUAGCCAAGAAGCGGCUGCCCAUCACUUUGACAGCUGGGAAUCCUGAUGGCAAAAAGGGAGAGAAGGCCUUUCUGGAGACCAUCAACAGCACCAAGUCUGUGCUUGUUAGCUUCAAUUCGUUUCGCCAGUCGUGCAAGCCUUGCACAGACCUCCAGCCAGAGCUCAAGAAGGCUGCGAAGAAGCUGAAGACGAAGGGCAUUCUAUGCGGGUCAGUGGAUGUUGAUCUCGCUGCAAACAUGCACCUGAAGGCUACACAGAAUGUGACCAGUAUUCCCAGCAUCCACUUGUUCCGCAAAGGGACAGCAUUGUCCAAGCUUGAGGGCUUUCAGUCGGCAAGCAGCAUAGAGCAAUGGGUGGCUGCAGUGGAUAUUCCUGCAGUAGAAGUAUUUGAGACGCAGGCUCUGUUCGAUAAAGCCGUGCAGCGUCGGAAAUGGUCAGAGACCAUGUUUGCAGCUACGGGUGGGCCAAAACUCCAGGAGUUGCUGGACUCGGUGGCCGUGAAAGGGCACAUGGAUGGCUGGGGCACCAGGACAAGAUAUCUCUUCUGGUCUGAUGGUGGGAGAGGAAGGCCGUUCGCUGCAGUUUACAGAGGGGUGAACGAGAUGGAGCACUUCGACGCAUCUGGUCAAGUGAGCACGGAGAUGCUUGAAGAGUUCCUGAAGGAGAGUGCGCCACUGUUUGGUCAGGCAACAAUGGAUGACCUGACGAGCGUCUUUGGCAAAGGUUCCAAGGGCAAUGUCUUCGUGUGCUUCGCGCCGGACAUCUUCGAGACGCAGACAAAAAAGUAUGCUCGAACGUUUCAGAAAGUGGCCAAGAAGUGGAAAUCCUACGGCUUUGUCUUCCUUGACGUGCGCGAUCCCGUAGCAAACCUUCUGAAGUUGGAGUGCAAGGACUUCCCGACGGUCACUUUGAAGCUUUUGAUGAAGCCGUUUCGAACCUUCACCAAGUCCUUUGCGAAAGAAGAAGUCACCGAGAAGAACCUUGCCCUGUUUCUGAAGGAAUCCCUUGAAGCGAACCGGCAAGCCUCAUCAUCCGAGCUCUGA